GAACAAAGGUAAACUUCGAACUUUGGACUUUGGUCCAAACUACACCCUCAUAUAGACAUUCAGGAUUGUUGUUGUAAAUGAAUCGAGCUGCAUUUCACUGAACUAACAGCAGUAGGUGCAUAAACGGGGGCUCCAUCUAACCAGAAUGGCUCAAAAGCUGAUGAUAAUUGACACGGACUGUGGAAUAGAUGAUGCUCUGGCUAUUAUAGUUGCUCUCGCAGCUCCCAACGUGAAGAUAUUGGGUAUCACCUGCUGUUUUGGGAAUGCUGAUGUGGAUAACGUAUGUCAAAAUGUGCUGCGGGUACUGUCAGUCUGUGGACAAACGCAGAUUCCAGUCUUCAAAGGGUCUGCUGGGCCUCUAGUUGGAGCUGUGAAGUCUUUAAAAGAUCACUUUGGCACAGAUGGGCUGGGAGAUGUUUUGGAGGACAGAGAUUCAGAGAUUUGGAAGGAGCAGAUACAAAAGGAGCAAGCUGUUCAGGCCAUGAUAAGACUGAUAAAUGAAAACCAGGGAGAGGUGUCCCUCAUAGCUCUUGGUCCGUUGACUAACUUGGCUUUGGCUGUAAGAUUAGAUCCCGGUCUGCCUCAAAAACUCAAGGAUCUGUACAUUAUGGGUGGUAAUAUGGAAGGUAAGGGAAAUGUGACACCAGGGGCAGAAUUUAAUUUUGGAAUGGAUGCAGAAUCAGCAUACGUAGUUUUGGAGGAAUAUACCUGCAAAACACACAUUGCAACUUGGGAGUUUACUUGCAGAAGCAAAUUAUCUUGGGAAUUUUUUGAUGAGCUGGUAAAUCAGGAUACAUCAGCUGCUCGAUUCAUAAAGAAGAUAACAUCAAAGUGCUGGGCAUUCUCUAGAGACUUUGGCAUUAACAAAAAAGAUGUCUUUUUUGGGAAGGGGUUUGUGCCCUAUGAUGCUUAUGCUGUUGCGGCUUGUGUAGACAGCAGUGUUAUUACAGAGAGUUUUGAAAGCGCUGUACGUGUGGAGAGGCAAGGCGAACUGGCACGAGGCAUGAUGAUUUUGGAUCCAUCCAACACACUGAACAAGGGCCAUCGUGUUUUUUUGAUGACGAAAUGUGACCUUCGAAAGUUUGGCUUGAUGCUUAAAAAAUCUUUACAGUUAGCAUAGAAAGAGGUGGAAAAUCUAUUAAUGAUAUUUGUGGGACUUAAAGGAUUAGUCCAUUUUCUUAAAAAAAAAAUCCAGAUAAUUUACUCGCCACCAUGUCAUUCAAAAUGUUGAUGUCUUAAUUUCUUCUCAACUAAGAAAAAAUAAUGUUUUUUAGAAGAAAACAUUCCAGGAUUUUUCUCAUUUUAAUGGACUUUAAUGGACCCCAACACUUAACAGUUUUAAUGCAGUUUAAAAUUGCAGUUUCAAAGGACUCAAAACGAUCUUAAACGAGGCAUAAGGGUCUUAUCUAGCGAAACGAUUGUCAUUUUAGACAAGAAAAAAAAAAAAUGCACAUAAUUUCGUAAUGGCGUGGAAAGGUCACGUGUUACAUAUAUGAAACGCACAUUUGUGGACCAUUUUAAACAAUAAACUGACACAAAGAGAUUAAUUAGUAUCAUUCGACAUUCCACACUUGUAAACAAUGGGGCGUAGUUUCGCAUACGUCAUCCUUGACGUGAUGACGUAUUGCGUGAGGUUGCGCUGGCGCGUCACAGGACCGGAGAUAGAUGAGAAGUUGUGGUUUAAAAGUGCAUAUUUUUUAUUUUUCUUGCCAAAAAUGACAAUCGUUUCCCUAGUUAAGACCCUUAUGCCUCAUUUGGAAUCGUUUAGAGUCCUUUGAAACUGCAAUUUUAAACUGCAUUAAAACUGUUAAGUGUUGGGGUCCAUUAAAAUGAGAAAAAUCCUGGAAUGUUUCCCUUAAAAAACAUAAUUUCUUCAUAAAACAAAGAAAGACAUCAACAUUUUGGAUGACAUGGUGGUGAGUAAAUUAUCUGGAUUUUUUUUGUUGUUGAAGAAAAUGGACUAAUCCUUUAAGGUUGUAUUUGGUAUCUAUUCCAAUACUGUUCACUGUGUUGAGCUUAGGCAGAAAUAAAACUCAAGUCAAUAUUCCAGCCUGAUAUGUUUAUUUCAACCAAUGUGACCAAUCUUUCAUUCUUGAAGUGACAAAUGAAUGAUGCACAGAAGAACACAUUUCAUUUUCUUUAGGCUCCCUCAAAUUAAAAGUCAAUAUUUGCAAAUAAAGCUUUUCACUUUAAGCGGUGGCCAAUUAAAACUAAAUAAAAUCCCAAGUCAUUUACAAUCUGGCCUUGACUUAGAGGGGUAAGACUUUACUGCCCUAAUAAACAAAUUUUGCCAACCACUUAAUCUUUCCAAAUGUUAAAUCAACCAACAAGUGCGGUCCGAAAAUGCUCUAAAAUGAAUGAAAUCCCCAAGGCAAAAUAAUCGCUCUGUAUGAGCAGGGUUUUACAACAAAGUGCUUUCAACAUGUUCAGGCUGAGUAACACUGUAUCUUAAAUCAUACAGUAAUACUGGGCCAUAUACCUGAAUUCUAAAUGCAGUAUAUCUCAAAAUAGGGAAUCUCUAAAAUCGAAAAAGAAAAAAAAAACA